AUGACUCUAGUUGCAAACUCUCAAACAGUUAUUGAUCCAAUAUCAGGUAUAACUGAAGCAGCUAUUAACAAAUACAAUGAGUCUCUAAUUCGAACAAGGAAUACAGUUGAACGAAGUUAUGGUGUCUGGGAACGUAGAUUUCCAAUUUUAGCAACAGGUAUAAAUGUAAAAGUAUCAUCGUCUCAAAGUAUUAUUUUUGCCACAGCUGUACUGCAUAAUAUAGCUUGUAAUUUUGGUGAAAGAAUGCCCAGAGUAACUAAUGAAAUUGAAUCCGCAAUUAAGAUCACUGACUUUAACAACCCAGAUGGUGAUAAUAUGGGUGGUAGAAACACAGUUAAUAUUAAUAAUAAUAUAAAAAAAAGGUAA